AUGACGACAGAUCCUUCAUCGGCGGAUGCGGCCUCCGGGUCCGAAUUCGACAUCGUCGCGACGUACAACAAGAUACUCUCUGACCAGCCGGAGCUGACCAAGACGGUAGUGGCGAUGAAGGCGCUGCACGCCCUCCUGGAAGCGACACCGGCAUCGACGGCGCACGAGACCAUCAAGAUCUUGACGGCCGGUCAGGCCCAACUUGCCAGCAACAUCAGGUACCCCAAGGCGCCUCUGGCCGGAUCCCAGUACUUUCUGCUGUUCGUGCGGCAGAGGCUUAAGGAGUCGGACGGUGAUUUUGCCGUGGUGCGGCGGAACCUGCUGACCAAGGGCGUCGAGUACAUCGACAAGGCCGUGGAGGCGCGCGCGGCCGUGGGCUUGAUGGGCCACCACUAUGUGGUCAACGCCUUCACCGUUCUGACCUACGGGGCGUCGCGGACGGUGCUGGCCGUGCUGGAGCACGCCGCCGCGGCGGGCCGCAACUUCAAGGUCAUCUACGUGCGCGACGACUACGGCAAGAACGGCCAGCAGGAGAGCGACGACUACGUAGCCAGGCUGCGCGCAGCGGGAAUCCCCACUGCUGCCGUCAAGUUCAGCGCAGCCCUGCACGCCGUCAAGACGCUCAAGCCGCGCGUCAACCGCGUCUUCCUCGGCGGCGAGGUCAUCUGCCAGAACGGCGGCAUGGUUGGACGCAUGGGGUCGUGCAUGAUCGCUCAGGCCGCCGCCCACUGCAACAUCGAAGUCUUCCUCUGCGGCGAGAUGCACAAGUUCUCCAACUACCACGCUACGCGCCUGAGCGACGUCGGGUGGCCCCAGAACAUCAAGGUGUUUACCACCGACGAGCCGGAACAGCAACAGCAGCCUGACCAGGACGACCUCCUGGAGUUCACGCCCGGCGAAUUCAUCUCCAGAAUUGUCACGGAAAACGGUGUCUACCCUAGUAACCACGUGGUCAGGAUAAUCAUCGAAACAUUCGGCACGCUGCAGCCGUAA